GUUCCCGCCCGCCCCGUCCCUCCCCUCAGCCCGGCCGCCAUUUCGGGAGCGCUGCGCGGGCGCACGGCGCCCCCUGGCGGCCCCGCGCCCGGCCCGGUCCGUCCCGGUCCGUCCCGUCCCGGCGGCCAUGAAGUCCGUGUUCGUCACCGUGGGCACCACCAGCUUCGACGAGCUGAUCGCCACCGCCCGCUCCCCGCCCGCGCUGCAGGCGCUGCAGAGCCGCGGCUAUCAGAAGCUGGUGCUGCAGGUGGGCCGGGGCUCGCUGCCGCAGCCCGGCAGCAGCUCGGCCGUGGCGGUGGAAGUGUUCCGCUUCAAGGACUCGCUGGCUGAGGAGCUGCAGAGCGCAGACCUGGUCAUCAGCCACGCAGGUGCUGGUAGCUGCCUGGAGGCUCUGGAGAAAGGAAAGCCACUAAUAGUAGUAAUAAAUGACAAGCUGAUGGACAACCAUCAGCUUGAGCUGGCCAAACAGCUCCACAGAGAUGGCUAUGUCCUCUAUUGUAACUGCAGCACUCUUGUGAAGACACUGCAGUCGAUGAACUUGUCAGCUUUGAAACCUUUUCAUCCUGGACAGCCAGAAAAGUUUGCUUCAUUCAUGGAUAAAGUUUUUGGGUUACAAUAAACAAAACAGAAAUAAUAAA